UCGGCCUUUUGCUUAGCCUCGCCAACAAGCAAUAUAUAAUGGUCGGUGAAAAACAUAGCCCCAGUGAGGAGGAGAGCGACUUUCCGUCGCACUUGGAGAACGACAUCGACCCAAACGAGAAGUUGGACAACCCGAUCUCCAUCAUGUUGGUGUGGGAGAAUCCAGACAAAGAGGAAGGCAACGAGAUGACAGAUAUUGCAUUGCCGGGUGUGCAAACGUUCCAGGAAAUGAACGAUUUUUUUGACCAGUUUGACGAGGUAGUUGCCAUUCCGAACGAGGGUAACAUCAAGUACGACGUGGGCAGCGACGGGUUGGUGGUCAUUGUGGUGCAGACCCCCGAAAUCAGAUUGCAAGUCACUGAGUUUAUCGACAAGUUCAAGUCUGAGCAUAAGGAAUCUGAAUAAAUUUGAGGAUAUUGAGGGAUAACCCGAUGGAGGGACUAACUCUCGUAGAUGGAACGUCAAGUUUGUCGCCACCAACUGGCUCGAGUUUUGUAAUCUGCCUACAUUUAUAGAUGGUGGAAUAUACCCUAGAAUAAAGCGCACUAUCUGUCAGAGGAGUCUAUUCUCGGAUGAUCGGGCAACAGCCAGAUUAAACCCAGAGAUUUUGAGGAUUGGCUGAUUAGAAAUGGUCUGUCAUAGGCCAGCCUCCAACAACACUAUCAGUGAAACCCCCACACUGGUUAUUUAUAUUGAUUAUUUAUACUGGUUAUUUAUACUGGUUAUUUACACAUUUCUUUAUAGAAUCGAUAAAGGUUUCAUGAAGUCGAG